AUUGGAAGCCAAGGAAAAGACUAAGAGGUCGAAUUAAUAUUGGAAUUGCAAGGCAAGAAAGAGAACUUUAAGAGGGAUUCUGCUUGGAAAUAGAUCGCACAGGUCUCCCUGUAAAAUCCAUACUAUACAAGACAUGUUUAAGCUUAUUAUGAUGGGACGGUGCACAUAUAUCUAUGCUAAAAAACAGAAGAAAACGCGAGAGAAUGACAUGGGGGAGGACAGGAUAAGUCAACUACCAGAUGAAGUUCUUGUGUCCAUUCUAUCUUUCCUGACCAUGAAAGAAGCAGCAAGAACAAGUGUCAUUGCCUGUCGUUGGCGUGAAGUGUGGACUUCUAUUCCCAGCUUGGAUUUUGAUGCUUCAGAGACUUCAAAUUCCUUAUGGGAAGAAGAAGAAGGGCUAAACCCCUAUGAGGAAACGGGUAAAUAUAUCAAGUGGAUAAAUAAUGUUUUGGAUGCAUAUCAGGGAUACUGUAUUGAUGAGUUUCGAGUCAGAUUUGAUUUGGAGCCAAUGUUCACAUCCGAUAUUGAUAGAUGGUUCAACUUUGCACUUGAAAAGAAAGUAAAACGACUUGUCAUGGACUUUCGGGGCUAUUAUGGCUGCCCUCGGUCUAAUAUUUUUGCUAUCCCUCUACUCUCUAGCCCUGUUCUGCAUACUGCUGAGUUUCCUGAUUGCAGAUCUCUCAAAAUCCUCAAGCUUAAAUAUUUAGACAUAAGUGGAGCUGUUAUUGAACAUUUGAUAUCUACUUGCCUCUAUCUUGAACAAUUAGUCAUAGAAGGUUCAAAUUCUCUUACUGAUCUAAAUGUGGUUGGUCAAUCACUUUGCUUGAAGUACUUGAAAAUAAAAUUUUGCUGCCGUCUGAAGAGCGUAUAUCUCUCCGCACCAAAUCUCCUGUCCUUUCAGUGGUAUAGUGCAGAGUCGAUUGAAAUUGCUUUUGCAAAUGUUCCAAAUCUUGUUGAAGUAUUUUUUGGAGGGGGAUAUGCUCUACGUAGACUUCAUCCGCUUCUGAACUAUUUAUCUCAACUAGAGACACUUAUACUAUCUGAUGAGCCACCCGAGGAAACAAUUGGACUUAUCGAGUUUCCUGUAUUGCCACACCUCAAGAAUUUGAUACUGAAAGUUUCUGCGGCAGAUGAUGACAGUCUUCUUGGUUUUACUCCGUUGAUAAAGGCAGCUCCUUCCUUGUGUAGACUUUUACUGGAGUUGUCUUGGUUUGAGCCUGACGUUUUUUUACUCAGUAGACCAAAAACACCCAGAGAAUGUCAUCAAUGUCUUAAAGUGGUGGAAAUUGUUGGCUUUGUGGGGAAGACUAAUGACAUGGAAUUUGCCAUGUAUUUGAUUGAGCAUGCCCCUAUGCUUGAAAAAAUUUUACUUCGUCCUGGAAAGCCAAAAUCAUUAAGAUGUUACUCGGACCCGGAGUGCAUAGCAAGAAAACAAUCUGGUAGAGAGGCUGCAAUGCUACUGGAUUAUAAAUUUUCUCUUGGAGACAAGUUAGUUCUACUUGGUUUUUGAGUUCAAUGUAACGUAGUUCUUCAUUCAUUAUUUUACGUGGACAUGUGCUGUCUUUGAGCAAA